GUGUGAGACUUAAUGAACUGUACACAACAAAUAAGUCAUCAGUGGUGUGCAGGUUUAAAAUGAGUGGAGGAAUACAUGGAGCUGCUGCAAGAUGAGGCAAGGAGCCAGAGACAGAGCAUAGUGAUCAUCUUCAUAGACUCAGGAGUGUCACAGUGGGAUGAGCGGCUGCAGCCAGAACUGACAUGUGACAUGAGAAAGUUGCGGAUGUCACAGCAGCACGCUGUAAAUCAAAGUCUCUGACUAACUCAUAUUUUAUAGCAAACAGCCUCAGGAUGAUUUACAGUAGAGUGCCCUAUUAUGUAUUCACAGCAGGAGCUGCCUUUGGCGUUCAGGCUGCACAGCUGAGACGGUUUUUUUUAUAAUGCGUAAUGGGUCCACUCCUGCAUUCUCAUUGAAAACCACAGGAAGGACACCAUACCACACCACAGAGACGGUGGAGGGAGGGAGUACCUCUCCACCUCACAACGUCUCCAUCUCACGUUACCCAGCUAUAGUGAAGUGGCGGAGUCAGCGCAGAGCCAACUGCGCCACUGAAGCCUGCCUUGUUAUCCAAAGGUGAUAAAACUCAGCUCUGAGGCCCAUUAUGCUACUGCAUCAACAUUUUACAUCUCACUGAAUGUCCGCGGUGAGCGCACGCCACCGGUGUGGUGGCUUCACAAUGGGACAGGGCGGUGUGGCACAUCUAUGCCCUGGUCGGUGGGUGUCGUGAGUGACGGCAGCAGCUGGCAGAGCUGGAAGAAGAACCUUCUCCUGGGACCUCGCGUCUGAGGAGCGCCUGAUCUGGAGGCAACGUGAGGAGCGCACAUACCUCCAGAAAACGGGCGACAACUAGACUUUCCCUGCUGCGCCCGGCAGCUGCUGAGGGGCUGACUGAUCGGUGAUAAAAGCACCGCGAAAGAGGAAAAUAAAGCUUCUCUCAGCGGGGCAGAGACAAACCAGUGCCUUCAGAGCCAAAAGGCUGUGGGUCCAUAGUAUGGGAGCGAUAUGUUGUCCAGGAAAGGAAUCAUUCCUGAGGAUUACUUACUGACACGUUUGGCUGAGAAUGUCCUUCAACCAAAGUUCAAAGCCAAGCCGAGGAAAGCUCGGUUCGUCGCCAAGAACGGCACCUGCAAUGUAGCGCACACUAACAUCCGAGAGCAGGGUCGCUUCUUGCAGGACGUCUUCACCACUCUGGUUGAUUUAAAAUGGCUCCACACGCUCAUCAUUUUCACCAUGUCCUUCCUGUGCAGCUGGCUCCUCUUCGGGAUGAUCUGGUGGCUCAUCGCCUUUGCGCAUGGCGACCUGGAUGAGAGAGGAGACGACUUUGUCCCGUGCGUAACGGACAUUCACUCCUUCUCAUCCGCCUUCCUCUUCUCCAUAGAGGUCCAGGUGACCAUCGGCUUCGGGGGCCGGAUGAUCACGGAGGAGUGCGUCUCCGCCAUCAUCAUCCUGAUCGUGCAGAACAUCGUCGGCCUGGUCAUCAACGCGAUCAUGCUCGGCUGCAUCUUCAUGAAAACUGCGCAGGCCAAUCGGCGCGCGGAGACGCUCAUUUUCAGCAAGCACGCCGUCAUCUCCGUCCGAAACAACAAGCUGUGCUUCAUGAUCCGCAUCGGGGACCUGAGGAAAAGCAUGAUCAUCAGCGCCACCGUGCGGCUGCAGGUGGUCAGGAGAACCACCACGGAAGAGGGCGAGCUCGUGCCUCUGGACCAGAUCGACAUCCACAUGGAUAACCCGGUGGGCACCAACGGUGUCUUCCUGGUGUCCCCCCUCAUCAUCUGUCACGUCAUCGACAAGGACAGCCCUCUGUAUGAGAUGUCAGCUUUUGACCUGCAGCAUCAGGACAUCGAGGUGAUCGCGGUGCUGGAGGGGGUGGUGGAGACCACGGGCAUCACCACGCAGGCCAGGACCUCCUACGUGUCGGAUGAGAUUCUGUGGGGGCAGCGCUUCGUACCUACGGUCUCAGAGGAGGACGGCAUGUACGCGGUGGACUACUCCAAGUUCGGUAACACCAUGAAGGUGCCGACACCGUGCUGCAGCGCCAAGACGCUGGAUGAGGCGGGAGGCAUCGCUCGGUUUAAGCUGAACGAGGGCCUCACCUUGCGGCCGAUUGUGAGAAGGCGGCGGGGCUCUACGUUGGUCCACAGGACCAGGAUGGAGGACUAGUGAACUGAUCUAUGUCAACCAGCAUUUUAUAUAAUGAUUUAUUAUUUAAGUUUGAAGAUAGUGAAAUGACAAAAUCAUAUUUAUUUUAUAAUUAAUACAUGUUAUGGAGCAGCUGUAAUCAAGGGGGCAGGUUUGGUUUCAACAGUGGGGGUCCUCCGCCAGAAUAUUUGGAGCACCAAACACUUAAUUUCCUGCAUUCUAGUAAAAGUUUAUGCACCAAAUUGUACAAUUUCUGCAUCAAUUUAUGGUGUAAAUGUCGCUAAUUCUGUUUAAACUCCACUGCUAUCUUCAUGUCUUUAUUAAGGGGGACAAAUGCACAUGUUCCACAUAUUGAAGGGGGUGUGUUCCCUGCUUUCCCCCUGAUAUCUAUGCCUAUGCCUGCAAUCAGUAAUCCACAUUACAUCUCUCUGCAGCCAGAUGUAUGCACGCAUCAUCAAGCUUUUUACUCAGGGCCAGUGAGAAAAAUGCACAAAGACAGAAUGCACUGAGAACUGUGAGGAGUCCUGGUAUCCAGAAUGAACAGGAAGUCCACUUUGGAUAUGCUUGAUUUAUUAUUAUUAUUAUUAUUAUUAUUAAUAAAGAGUGACUGCAUGUAUUUAAAAGAAAUAAAGGAGAAUGCUUUAAGUAAACUGAGUUGUGGAUGGAGAGGCCACAUUAUAUCCUCCUGAGUCCUGAAGUUUUGUUUGGUAUGCAUUUUUCAUUUCUCCUAGCUAUUUGGGGUCAGUAGGACCUGAAAAGUAUAAAAAACUAAACAUUAUCAAUGGUAAUUAAGUCCUAAUGUCCUCAAACAAUUACUUCCUAACAGUCUUAGUCUGUUGCUGUUGCCAAACUUGGUCAAAUUUGUUGCCACAUCAAACUAAAAAUGUCAUAAAUUAUCAAGUUUCAACCAUAAUAUGUGAUCAGGUUUUGUCCACCUCUGUGUCUGGAUCGGCUGCAGACUGAAUUGGCAGAGAUGGCUGCCAUCUUGUUUUUACAUGGAUUAGUGUAUUGUGAUCUCACUAGAUGGCACAAAAAAAGUGCCCACGAACGAGAACAACAGGUCUGAGUUAAGAAUGAAGUAUGAGGUCACGUAAACCCAAAAUGUGAUGUCCUCAUGAGGACACAGGGUCUCAGGAGGAUAUGUUUCAAGAGGGAAACCCUAAUGAUUUAGUAUCACACGUCUUUACAGUUUGGGGCUCCAAAAGCAGAGCUGGAAUGUUCCUGGAGGUUUGAGGUCAAAAAUCCAGGAACGAUAAGGCAAUAUUUUUGGCAAGAAACACUUCAAUUUGGUAUUAAAACAGUAAGACUAUUAUGUAUUGUGCAAGGCAUUUAACAGGUGACUUGUCAUUGCUCUCUAGUGGACAAGUUGCACUAAACUGUUGCUAAAUGACACAAAUGAUACAAACAUAUCUAAUCACUCCACUAUCUGUCAUAACCAGCUUCAACCAAUAGCCUGAUAUAUCAUUUAUCAUUAAGAGACAAAUGAAUCAAAAUGUAGGAAUGAUGAUUAUUUAGUAUGAUUCAGUCAUUACACAGCAGUUUUUCCAGGCUCAGUCCUCCUGAUGAAUAAACUGUGUGCACAAUGAAUCCAGUUCCCCUUUAAAAAUAGCAAUGUUUUUAUGCAGCCGCGCACCAGACACUCAUGUUUCUGUCCUCCUACAUUAUUCACACAAACACAUUGACACAAAUGACACUGAGGCCAGGUGGCAUUUCUCUCUUUUAUUAGAUUAUAAUCCGCAGAGCUUAAAAUAUUAAAUUGCUUUUAACUUAGUUAAUAAUUAAAAUACAUAAAAACGAGAGCCAGAACUGAAGAACCCUGCAAAAAAAAAAAAAAAAAUUAAAAUAAAUAAAAAAAGGAGAAUUAUAAACCCAA